GAGACGCGGAUCUCGCCCGCCCGCCCGCCCGCCGGCACCGGAUGUCCGCCGACGGCCCCGGCGCGGUGCGCCGCGCGCUGGACAGGGCCUGCGCGAGCUUGCGCACCGGCCGGCGCGCGCUGACCCGCUUCGCGCCCCGCCCCUCGGCCUUCUCCCCGGCGCCCGACGCCGAGGCGGCGGCGGUCCGCGCCGUGCGCAACCUCCGCACCUUCCGCGUCCACUACGCCGUGAUCCAGUGGGCGCUGCUGCUGGCCUCCCUCGCGCCCCGCCACCGCGCCUCCAUGCUCUUCCUCAUGGCCGCAUCCAAGGGCCUGCUCCUCUACGGGGGCCUCCUCCGGGCCUUCCCCAACUCGGCGCUCCUACGCCGCCUCCUCGACCGCCGCCUCGUCGCCGCCGUCUUCGUCGUCCUCGUCGUCGCCGACCUCGCCGCCGCUCAUGCCAUACCCAACCUCCUCUUCGCCCUCGCCGCCGGCGCCCCCGUCGUCGUGCUCCACGCCGCGUUCCGCGUCCGCGACGACCUCGAGCCCGCCGCCUCCCCCGACAGCGCCGGAGGGGAGGAGGACAAGGACAAGGAGCGGACGGGGGUGGUGGUGGAGAAGAAGGAGGACGGCGACGUGGAGACAGGGCCGACCCGCCGCUCCGCCACGGCGGCCGCCGCCAAGUCCUAGAACUCCCUCCCGGGCAGCAAGAUCUCCGCCGCCCAUAUACUACAAACACAUCGCUAGACAGACAGACAGAGUGCUGGUAUUUCCUGAUCAAAUUCCAUUCUUUUCUGGGGAGAUUUGGAGUAGAAUGCAGCAGAAUGGAUCCAAAUUCCUUGUCUCUUAUCUUAAUUAUGGCUAGCAUUUAGGAUUUCCCGUUCCUUGUGUAUACACAGAUUUACUGCUGCUGCUACUACCGCAGCAUUGUUACCCCAUAGAUCAAGCUAGUACUUGACUGACAAGAGAAUCAAUUCGGCAUCAUCUCAUCCUUCCUGCA